AAUGCCUACCACUUCAAAGGGAUAAUAGACUUUUGAAAAUUCUAUCAGGAAAACAAAAGAGGAUAUCUUACAUCAAAUUGAAAAAUAACAACUCAGUAGCAUCCAUUCAGAGAAACUCUAUAAAAGAUUAACACCCAAAUCAUGUAUGUAGAAUUUACUCAAGUGA